UUUCAUUCCGCUGGGGGCUCGCCGCCAUGUCGGAAUCUUCCACAUGGCAGCCCGUGCCUGCAUGUGAUGCCUUCCGCUGUGCUGAGCAGGAACUUAGCGUGUCACAGCGCGUGCUUAGCUACCAGAACUUGGAAGCAGAUACCGAGAAGGAGAAGGAGAUGGAGGAGGCGACCUUGCCGUCCCGGUGUCUGUUGCCGGCCGGGGUGGCUGUCCUCGCCCUGCUGGCCGUGCUGGUGGUCACGCGCCAGAACCCUUUGGCCCCCGCGCGCUCAGAAGGGAUGGAGGCGUCGGCGCUGUCGUCACUGGGAUGCAGUGGGGACUCCUGGACAUGGAGCGCCACCCAGAAGGAGCGGUGCUGUCGGCAGGAGGGCCGCGGCUGUAGCGCCCCUGGCGAGCCCUACGACUGCUCUGGGACACAGAGGGACUGGCUUGCAUGGUCCAAGGGCCAGAAGCUCUGGUGCUGCGAGGUGCAUCAAAGAGGUUGCCCCUACCAGAUGGGUUAUGACUGCCACGAGGGCCAGGGGAGCUCCUGGUCCUGGACAAAGCAGCACUGGUGCUGCGCCCACCAGGGUAUUGCUUGCGACUCCGCCGGGGGCGAGGCCGGCGAGGCCGGCGAGGCCGGCGAGGCUGGCGAGGCCGGCGAGGUCAAGGCGAGUCUCACAGAGACCCUGUCGAAGCCCUUCAACUGCCACGCAGGCCCGCCGACGGGGUGGCCAGCGCCGAAGCUGUUUUGGUGCUGCAAUCACGAGGGCCUGGGCUGUGGCAAAUCCGAGCCCUAUGACUGCGAGGACGGCUUUGCUGACUGGCAGAGGGGCUGGUCAGGGCCCAAGAAGCACUUCUGCUGUGCAGAGCACUCGCGGGGCUGCGAGCCCACAACCACGACCACCACCACCACCACCAGCACCAGCACCUCCACGACCACAACCACGACGUCAAGCGCCAAGCACCAAAAUUCGUACGACUGCACUGCCGAUGCGGAGCAGUUGCGGCGAGGCUGGUCCGACGCCAAGAAGUCCUGGUGCUGUACCAAGCAGAAGGUGGGCUGCCAGGCCAUCGGCCCAGAACCGACGACGACGACGAUGACAACACCGAGUCCCUUGAAGUGCGAUGCUGUCUGCGAGACCCCGGAUGGGGAGAAGCAGACCUGCGCUUCGCGGGUGCAGUAUGCUGCAGCUCACAAGUUUGCGCACGCAGCGGAUUCCUGCAACCAGGCCUACAGUCAGAUGCGGGUGCAGUGCGGCAUCUGUGCUGCCUGCCCCCUGGAGCAGUCAAGGUGUCAGGCUGCACAAGCUAGCAAGCCCUACGACUGCGCGUCCGGGGAGAGCAACUGGAAAGCUGGGUGGUCAAAGGAGAAGAAGGACUGGUGCUGCGCCAAGGAAUCCAAGGGCUGCGGCGAGUCCUUUGAUUGCGACAAAGGCCUCGACGAGUUCUUCCGCUGGCCAGGUGACCAGAAGGCGCUGCCGGCGGCACUUGACGAAGCCUUGAUGGAUCAAAUUGAGAAGCGGAGGAGUGGUGCUGUGAGAAGCAGGGCAAGGGCUGCGAGGGCAGCCACCCCCCGAGCUUCCCUGCGGGCGAGGGCCAUCAGUGGGAGCGUGUCCAGGUGGGACGACACUGGACCUGGGCCAGAAGCAAGGCGGAGGGGCUUCCACAAGGAUUCGACUGCGCGGAUGAUAGCUUUGGUCGCUGGUCCGUUUCCGAGAGCCACUGGUGUUGCGCUCACCGGGGAUUGGGCUGCACUGGCCCCAACCCUCCGUUGGUGCCGCUGGAGAAGGGACACAAGUGGCAGCAUGUGAAGAUCGAUGGCCGAUGGACCUGGAAGCAGGUGAAGGGCCACUCCCAGGGCUAUGACUGCAGCACUGGUCUGGACCAGUCCAAGACUUGGUCCGAGCAGAAGAAGGAUUACUGCUGCAACCACUUUGGCAAAGCUUGCGAGAAGUGAUGCUGCGCCUGGAAGAGAAGUCCGAGCACUGCUGAGUGAAGCACUGCGUCAAAACGCAGACAUAGCUAGGUGCAAGGGCAAGUGUCAAUCUUUGCUUGUUUGACCUGCGUUGCAAAUGGACUUAGUUGUUUCUGC